CCUGACUUUUAAUAGGCUGGGAAGGAAGGCUGGGAAACUUGACAUUGUCUUAGGAAGGGUUCCCCCCCAGCAAAGGAUAAAAGAAGAGGGGGGGGAGAAAGAAAGGGAAAAAAAAAAAAAAAAAAGUAAAAACAGCCAAGGCGAGGGGGAAAAACUUGCGUACAGCAGGAAACUUGAUGGAUCCCUGCCCUGCGGCCAGUGGCGCGGCGUAGCCCCUUCCCGGCUGGAUGGAUGAUGGGAAGCUCACCAUGAGGCAGAUAGCUGAUCAGCUUCCCUGGAUUUCGCUGACGCCACAGGAAAGCUUUGCCUGAAGAUGGAAACACUGGAGUCGGAACUGACCUGCCCUAUCUGUCUGGAGCUGUUUGAGGACCCGCUGCUGCUGCCCUGCGCUCACAGUCUCUGCUUCAACUGCGCGCACCGCAUCCUGGUCUCCCACUGCGCCUCCAACGAGCCGGUGGAGUCUAUCACCGCCUUCCAGUGCCCCACCUGCCGCUAUGUCAUCACCCUCAGCCAGCGUGGUCUAGAGGGGCUGAAGCGCAACGUCACCCUGCAGAACAUCAUCGACCGCUUUCAGAAAGCCUCGGUGAGUGGGCCCAACUCCCCCAGCGAGACCCGUCGGGAGCGGGCAUUCGACAGCAACAGCAUGUCCUCCUGCGAGAAGGUCCUCUGCCAGUUCUGUGACCAGGACCCUGCCCAGGAGGCAGUGAAGACAUGCGUGACUUGCGAGGUCUCCUACUGCGAGGAAUGCCUGAAAGCCACGCACCCCAACAAGAAGCCUUUCACCGGCCACCGGCUGAUUGAGCCCAUCCCAGACUCUCACAUCAGGGGAUUAAUGUGCUUGGAGCACGAGGAUGAGAAGGUGAACAUGUACUGCGUGACGGACGACCAACUGAUCUGUGCCCUGUGCAAGCUGGUCGGGCGGCACCGAGACCAUCAGGUGGCAGCUCUAAGCGAGCGCUACGACAAGCUGAAGCAAAAUUUGGAGAGUAACCUCACCAACCUUAUUAAGAGGAAUACUGAACUGGAAACUCUUCUGGCAAAACUCAUUCAGACCUGUCAACAUGUAGAAGUGAACGCAUCUCGCCAAGAAACCAAGCUGAUGGAAGAAUGUGACCAGCUUAUUGAAAUAAUACAACAGAGACGACAAAUAAUUGGAACCAAAAUCAAGGAAGGAAAGGUGGUGAGGUUGAGAAAACUGGCUCAGCAGAUUGCAAACUGCAAACAGUGCAUUGAGCGCUCGACGUCCCUCAUCUCUCAGGCUGAGCAGUCGCUGAAGGAGAACGAUCACGCUCGCUUCCUACAAACUGCUAAAAACAUCACCGAAAGGGUUUCCAUGGCAACUGCAUCUUCCCAGGUUCUAAUUCCUGAAAUUAAUCUCAAUGAUACUUUUGAUACUUUCGCACUUGAUUUUACCAGGGAGAAGAAAUUGUUGGAAUGCCUUGAUUAUCUUACAGCUCCCAACCCUCCCACCAUUCGAGAAGAGCUCUGUACAGCUUCUUAUGAUACUAUUACUGUCCACUGGACAUCAGAUGAUGAGUUCAGUGUGGUCUCUUACGAGCUUCAGUACACUAUCUUCACUGGACAAGCUAACGUUGUCAGUUUAUGUAACUCAGCCGACAGCUGGAUGAUUGUUCCCAAUAUCAAACAAAACCACUACACCGUGCAUGGGUUACAGAGUGGCACAAAGUACAUCUUCAUUGUUAAGGCCAUUAAUCAGGCUGGCAGCAGAAGCAGUGAGCCAGGCAAGCUCAAGACAAACAGUCAGCCAUUUAAACUGGACCCCAAAUCUGCUCAUAGAAAACUGAAAGUGUCUCAUGACAACCUGACAGUGGAACGUGAUGAAACCUCCUCCAAAAAGAGUCAUACACCAGAGCGAUUCACGAGCCAAGGGAGCUACGGAGUAGCUGGCAAUGUGUUCAUUGACAGCGGACGGCAUUACUGGGAAGUGGUUAUAAGUGGCAGUACGUGGUAUGCCAUCGGUAUUUCAUACAAGUCAGCACCAAAGCAUGAGUGGAUCGGGAAGAACUCUGCCUCUUGGGUGCUGUGCCGCUGCAACAACACUUGGGUGGUGAGACACAACAGCAAAGAAAUCCCAAUAGAGCCUGCACCUCAUCUCCGCCGGGUCGGCAUUUUGCUGGACUAUGACAAUGGUUCCCUUGCUUUUUAUGAUGCCUUGAACUCCCUGCACCUUUACACCUUUGACAUUACGUUUGGGCAGCCCGUAUGCCCCACAUUCACUGUGUGGAAUAAGUGUUUAACCAUUAUAACAGGCUUGCCCAUCCCUGAUCACUUAGACUCCUCUGAGCAGCUGGCAUGACUGUUAAAAGCUAACAAGUAGGAGGAUGUGUUUCCCAGGGCAGCUGCCUGCAGGAGCUCACCUGGAGCUGGUGGACUGCGUGGCAUCUCAGUUGUUGCUGCCAAAACCAGCCAGAACCGAAAAGGGGUAGAUCUCUCUUUUCUGAGUACUAUAUGCAGAAGGACAAGAAUUUGCUUUAAUAAUACCUUAGAACUCUUUUUGCAGUUGCUUUUGUUUUGUUUUGCAUUUAGUCCCUUUCAGGAAGAUUUAUAAGUUAUUUAUAAAAAAAAAAAAAAAAAAAAAAAAGAAGAAGAGGAAGAAGAAGAAAGGAAGAAAGGGGAGAGAGAGAAGAGAAAGCCUGGUUUGGAUACCUGAAAAAUGACUUAUUUGUUUUGCACAUUGAUGGUCACAUUCAUUAAGGUUUCAUCAGCUCAUUACAUUAUUUUAUUUUACAGUGGAUAAAGGCAGGAAAUUGGAAGGAUAAAAGUGUGCAGUGGUGGACAAGUCAGUGUACUGCUGGUUUUAUUCAUGCCAAUUUUAGUAAUCAUUACUGAUCUUAUUGAAUGCAAAAUCUCAUAAUUUCUACCUUGCACAUGGGAAUGUGCAGACCAAAAAGAAUAAAAAUAAACAACUAAAGAAGUAGAGCUAGCCAACACAGCAAAAGAAAGUUUAAUUUACUUCUGUUCACAGGGCAGUGCAUUCUCUGUUUGCAAAACGCAUAUGGAAUAUCUUCUAGAAAUCUGAGUGCAUAAAUCAUGUGGUGAUUUAUUUUGUUGAUGACAACAUUCCCAUCUGUCAGUUUCACUUUCGUCUUUGGGAAACACUGUAGAGUCAUUGAGGACGUUAAAGACUGAUACCAUCUCUGAAAUGGCAACGCUGGAGGAGAGGAGCCACCCCAAGGUCUGGCUGUAGACUAAUUUGACAAAACACUGCAACAUUUAAGGUUUGAUUGUAAUGGAAGACAUUGCGUUUCUGAUGGUAGACACGUGAAUGCUUAUUGCUGAUUUUACAAGGUUCAACACAGCAAGCACAGCCAAUAACUCGGAAGUGAGACAUAAGCCACCUUACCAUUGGUUUUAAAUUAAAUACAAAUGUUUCAUUGUUGUACAUUAUGUAGUAAUAACAAAGCAAGGAAAUCUGUUUUGCAUGAGCUGUAUGGAGAAACAUUGCAGCUGGAGUUUGUUCAUAAUUAUAAUUGUCUUGAACUGUUUGGGAAAGAACAGUUCUCUUUGUGAAUGAGCACUAAACAAAUUUUUAGGAAUAGUAGGAAUCUGCACAGGCAGGCUCUACAUUCAUGUAGGUGUUGGUGGAUGAACUUCAAUGAAGUCAAUAGAAGUUGCACCUAUUUUAUCUCAAAGCUGAAUCAGGUGCAUUUUUUCACUUUUCCUUCUACGAGGUAGAAGUCUUUUGUAAUUACUACAGUACUUGUUUAUAAAUGAUCAUUUUGGGAGAUGUUUCAGGCAUAUGACAACUUUAAAAGAGUGGUCUUCUUACAGUGUUUUAUUGUUACUGUUCAAGUGGUGAAAGUCUGCCUGUGUGGAAGGAGUAUAAAUACCAACUUCAAGAAAAUAUUUGUUCAGUAGCUUAUAACCAUGCUUAGGUGUCUUUUGAAAAGGAUGCCCUAAUGCACUUUGUUCACUAAUGGGUCCAAAAUAAAAUGGUCCCAAAGUCAGCUUCAGAUUUUUUAAAUAUUGAUUCUGCAGGUACAAAGCUGUACUACAGUUUGCCUUAUGAUGAUGUAGAAAACUUAUGAACUUGGUAAUGAAUACAUACACGCAUACGGAGUUUGAUUUUUCCCUUUUUUAAUAGGAAAUAAAUGUCAGUCUUUGUUCCUUUGGUUUGCCUUUGCACGCUCUACUAGCUGAUUACUCAAAUGGAGAAAAAUAUGACAGUACAUUGCUGGUAAUGUAUGUGGCUUUUUGCUAUGACAGUAUCCCAUGGUUCACAGGCAAGAACCACCGAUUUUUCCAGGGUUGACAUAAAUACAGGAAAGUACGUACAUGCAGUGUCAGUGUACUGCACUGUUUAUUGUUGUGUCUUAAGUAGCAAAGAAAAGAAUAUGCUCAAAAAUGAAAAAGUAAAUAAAUCCUCAGAAAUUACAUUUGUAUCUGAGUACAUUGCUACCAGUACAGCCCGUUGCAUAUCUGGAUGAGUCGGCCUGGAAUGUUUGGAAGAUAGUUGAGAUGGCAUGAAAAUUAUUAUAAUGAAUUGACAGGAGAUGAGUGGUGAAAGCAAUUAUAAAAAUGUACAGGACGAAGGGACUCUUAAUUUAGGAUUUUUGCCAAGUUUCUGCCCAACAGGAAAGUAUGUAUUACUGCAGUACAAGUGGCAAGGCCACGUGCCUCCUCUUUCCCUAGAAAUAUUAAAUCUAGAAGCUGAUUUUAUAGUGAACAAAUUGAAAACACUCUUCGGUUCUUGGCCAUACAAUGUUAGCAGUGAUCGAGCUGGAUGUAGUUAACGCCAUGAACUUGGAAAGAUCUCUAGUGAUCUCACAUAUUUUCAUUUUAAAGACACUGUGUUCAAAGGCAGGUCAUGGUUUUGGUGAAAGUAAAAAAUGAAUGGUCUUUUAUCUGUAUGCCUUUCUGUAUUAUUUAUAUUUUAACACAGAAUACUUCAUUUGGAGUUAGGCCACAUUGCUACAUUGGACUGUUAGUUCAGUGAGUACUCUCUGUGUGUGUAUGUUUGUGUAUGUGUGUAUACAUAUGUAUAUACAUGUAUGGAUGUAUGGGUAUUCACACAACAGUAUAAGCACAGAUGUAGUGCAAUGUGUGUGUAUACGUACAUGCAUAUAUACACAGAAUGAUACUAAUUAGGUGCUCUUUUUUGCUUGUUUCUUGAAUUAUUUCAUAUUCUGUGUGACUAUGAGGAAACAAGUUGCUAUGAAUGGUAUUCAU